AUGGUUUUUGGAGAGUGCCUCACCUUCAUAAGACAGAAAACCAGAGCACUUCUUAUAUUAGUUUUCUUGCAUAGCUUCAUGAUCAAUAGAGAAUAUCUUUGUUCUAAUCACCCUUUUGCCACCCCUCAAACCAUUGAAUCUAUUGCGCAUUCGUCCCUGGCCGAGAUGAGGUUUGAGGGGCACAUAUCUUUUGAGAACCUGGAAUUUGCAGCAAGGGAUUUCGGAAACAGAUACCAUCUCAUGCCAUCUGCGGUCUUGCACCCGAAAUCAGUUUCUGACAUUUCGUCCAUCCUGAGAUAUGUCUAUGACUUGGGCCUGAGUUCAGAGCUCAAGGUUGCUGCACGGGGCCACGGCCACUCGCUGGAAGGCCAGGCGCAGGCAUAUCGGGGAGUUGUGAUCAGCAUGGAGUCCCUGCGUGCCCCGGAGAUGAGCUUCCAUGGCGGAAAACACCCCUAUGUCGACGUUUCUGCUGGGGAGCUGUGGAUAAAUAUCCUGCAUGAGAGCCUCAAACGAGGUCUGACGCCAAGAUCGUGGACAGACUAUCUUCGUCUCACCGUUGGUGGCACCUUGUCAAAUGCCGGAAUAAGUGGCCAGGCUUUCCGACACGGACCACAGAUUAACAAUGUCUACCAACUCCAAGUUGUCACAGGUAGAGGAGAAGUAGUGACAUGUUCGGACGAGCAAAACACUGAUCUCUUCUACGCCGUGCUAGGCGGUCUAGGACAGUUCGGCAUUAUUACCCAAGCAAGAAUCGCCUUAGAGCCUGCGCCGAAAAUGGUUAAAUGGAUCAGAGCACUAUAUUCAGAUUUCUCAACAUUCGCCAGUGACCAGGAGCAUCUGAUAUCUUUGAAUAAUUCUUUUGACUAUGUAGAAGGAUUCAUCAUCAUAAAUAGAACUGGCUUGUUAAACAACUGGAGAUCAUCUUUCAGUCCCAAGGAUCCAAUUCGAGCAGACCAGUUCAACUCUGACGGGAAGCUUCUGUUCUGCCUGGAAGUAGCCAAGUACUACAAUCCUCGAGAGUCGGACAACAUAGAUCAGGAUAUUGACACUCUCUUGUCAGAACUGAGCUAUAUACGGUCCACUCUCUUCAUGUCGGAGGUUUCCUAUGUCAAUUUCCUCGACAGAGUACACGUGUCUGAAGUAAAACUCCGGGAGGAAGGCCUCUGGGAGGUGCCACACCCAUGGCUGAACCUUCUUGUUCCACAAAGCCGAAUUCAUGAGUUCGUCGCAGAAGUUUUUGGUAACAUAGUAAAAGACACAAGCAGUGGCCCCGUCCUCAUCUACCCCGUCAACAAAGCAAGGUGGAAAUCUGGAACGUCCUUGAUCACACCCGAUGAUGACGUUUUCUACCUGAUCGCUUUCCUAUCAUCAGCAAUGCCAUCAUCAACAGGAAAGGACGGCCUCGAGCAUAUUUUAUCACAAAACAAGAAAAUACUGAGUUUCAGCCAGAGACCUUACCUUGGGAUCAAACAGUAUCUGCCCCAUUACAGCACUGAAGAGGAGUGGGAAGCUCAUUUUGGCCCCCACUGGGAAGUUUUCUACAGGAGAAAAGUGAGCUACGACCCUCUAGCAAUCUUAGCUCCAGGGCAGAGGAUAUUCCGAAGAGGAAUAGCUUAUGCGCUACAGUGACCAAAGAGUUGCCCAUCACCUGACGUCAAGAGCCAAGAAAUAUAGUAGAUAGAUAAAAUGUGCAUACUUCUUUGAAUUUUUGGACUUCCUGCAUUAGAUGUUCUAGAAUUGUAUCAUGGAAGUAUGGAGAAUAUGAGAUGUUAUAA